UUCUUACUCAGUUCUGUCAAAAUUUUGUUCCUCCCAAAUAAAUAUUUGUAUUAAAAAAUAAAAUAAAUUAAGAAUUAAAGUAUUUUAUCUCAUAAAAAUCACCAAUAUCGAACAAAAAAUGGCGGUCUCAACUAGUUUAUCGUUCAUAAUUGCCAGCGUUUCAUCGGUAAUUGUAUUCUCAUUACUACAAUAUAUGAAGCCUUUCUUCGCUGGAGGACAACUAAACACCAUCUUGGGAGGCUUUUUAGGCAGUUGGUUGUUCGUUUUGUCGCUCACGGCGGUGAACAACUUGGAGAAUCUCGUUUUCGGCAAAGGUUUCCAAUCAAAACUCAUUCCAGAAGUGGCUUUUUGUCUUGUUGCCACACUUUUCGCCUGCGGAAGCGUUCAUCGAGUUUGUGUAACGACCUGUUUCUUCUUCUCGGCAUUGGCUUUGUACUACAUUAAUGGAUUGUCGUUGAAGGAAUACGCUCCUCCGACAGUUGAUGCGACUUUGACCAAGAAAAAGAAGAAGUAAAAGGGAUUUUUUGAACAAAUAAAAGGAGAAUUUAAGAAAAAAAAAUUUUUGUUGGGUUUUUUUGAAAUUUAUUUCAUUAAGAAAUAUUUUUUGUUGUUGUUUUUUUGUUACAGUAGUGUGUAAAUUACUGCAUUUAAGCUGUAGCCUUGGCAGCAGCCAAUUUUUCUUCGCGGAUGCGAUCCUUCUUGAGAGGUCCCAUGAAUUGGCGUUUGUCGGCAGGGGUUUGGAAGCGACCAUGA